AUGCUCUUCAAGAAUAACAAAGUAUCCCAUUCACCAUCAUGGGAGCUUCUUUCUCUAGUGACUCACCAUCUAGACCUUAAAACCCUAGCUAUUGCUUCUUGUGUGUCCAAAUCAUGGUUGGAUUCCUUCUCCUCUGAGGAUAUUUGGCAGCCCAUAUGUUCUGCUGAACACCCUUCUGCAUAUAGCCUUAAAGACAUAGACCCGACUGUUCCUUAUCACCGCCUAUAUGUUAUUGCCUACACGGCGGCAUCCAAGCUACAGCUGCGAAAGCCAGUAAAACCCCAUCUGUCCCUCAAUGACCUCCUCUUCAUCGUUAGCUUUGUUCCAGACGCAGAAGACUUGUUUUCCAAGGAGAUUCCACUACCGGAAUGUUGCUCAAAUAUUGUCACUUCCAGCAGCAUUGUUGCUGAGAUAAAGCUAGGAUUUUGCAAGGAGAAUGUUGGUGAUGAGGAUAGCAAGGAUGACAGCAAGUUCAGAAAAGGAAAGUUGAGUGUGGCUAUAAUGAAUACACAAGAUUUGAGGUACUAA